AUGGAGACUGUUCUCUUUGAAAUUCAGGGGAAUGACAAGGUCCUGGGUGGGGAGGAGUGUCCCCCCCACUCCCAGCCAUGGCAGGUGGCUCUCUUCGAAGGGAGACGCUUCAACUGUGGAGCUUCCCUCAUCUCCAGCCAGUGGCUGCUUACUGCUGCCCACUGCUACACCAGCAAGAUGAGGGUCCGGCUAGGGGAGCACAACCUGCGAGUGUGGGACGGGAUGGAGCAGCUGCGAGGAGUGGUCUACGCUUUUCCCCACCCUCGCUACCAAGGUCAUGGCCACCACGAUGACAUCAUGCUCCUCCGCUUGGCCCGACCCGCCAGCCUCUCGGACAGCGUCCAGCCCGUGGCCCUGCCCGUCCGUUGUCCCCGGACCGGGGAGCAGUGCGUCGUCUCAGGUUGGGGCUUGGUGGCCGAAUCCAAUAACAAGACCCAGAGGGGCUUGGUGAAACUUCCAGACACCUUGCAUUGUGCUAACAUCAGCAUCAUAUCUGCUGCUUCCUGCAACAGGGAUUAUCCUGGGCAGGUGACAGACACCAUGGUGUGCGCUGGUGUUGAGGGAGGGGGCACCGACUCCUGCGAGGGUGACUCAGGAGGCCCCCUGGUCUGUGGGGGAACUCUUCAAGGUAUUGUCUCAUGGGGUGAUGUUCCCUGUGACACCACUACCAAACCAGGGGUCUACACCAAAGUAUGCAAAUACUUGACUUGGAUUCGUGACACAAUGAAGAAUAAUUGAGUUGGAAGGACCUUUGCUCUACAAGAAACCCAUUGACAGCCACUCAUACUUCCUUUGUGGAUACAUUGGGAUGGCCCUCUGACAUCUUGCCUAUGGCAAGACAGACACCUAACCUCUUUACCCUCCAGUCCAAAGAACAGGAGAUCAACUAAGACAUAUGCCAUCACUGUAAGAACCUGGAGCUGUCCCCUGAGAUUCUGUCAAAGUAAUCAUAUAAUUGAGACUAUAAUUUAAACCUGUCUGCCUGGCAUUCGUGUGUCUUCCUGUCAAGUCAAUAAGUAAUAAGCACUUAUAUA